AUGAACUCAACAAAUCCGGCAAGUGUUUUAGGUUUUGGUACGUGGCAGCAGAUUGUAGACAAAUUCUUAUACUGUGCUAACUCUUCAAAGCAAACAGGAGGCUCAAAGAAAAUUAAAGAAGCAAACUUACCUGCGCACACUCAUACAGGAACGACAAACUUUUCUGGCGACCAUAGCCACUCAUUAAGAGACCACCCAUUAUACAACUCAGACUAUAAAGCUGGCAAUGACGUUUUAUCUCCAUCUUAUAACAAUUCAGCAAAAAAGACUUUUCGACCAACUGAACCAGGAGGAAAUCAUUCACACACUUUCACAACAAAUCCAACAGGCUCGGGUGAAGAUUAUAUGCCACCAUUUAUGACGGUUUAUGCAUGGUACCGCGUUCAAUGA